UCCCCUUUGCCCUAAAACACCGCGUCCCUACUCUGCUCUAUUCUCACCAAAACACCCUUCUUUUAGCCUCUGUUCAGACCCAUACAGACCCGGCGAGCCUUUUCUAUAGGUAGUAUCAUGUACAGUCCCUGUCUACAACACAACGAAAACGUUGUCUCUUUAACGUUUUUUGUAGUAUUUACUUUCGCUGGUGUGCUUGGUUGUGAUUAAACCGACAAGUUUAUUUCCAAAUCAAUCAUAUUCUGUGCAAAUGAAGGAGAGAGAAUGCAAACGACGGAGGUGUUCAUCAUUUUAUUCACGUUCUCGACGGCUUUGGGUCAAACUUGUCGUGAAUGCCAGAUAUUUAAAGAUGUAAAGAGACUGAAAACUGCUAAUUGCUAUCGGAGGGAACUUGUUAAAGUGCCCAGGUGUCACACAAGUGGAAUCGAGGUAUUGGAUUUAUCGUUUAAUAGACUUCGAGAUAUCCAAAAAGAUGAUUUUGACUCAUACCCAAACAUUCAAGUUUUAUAUUUAUCGGAUAACUUCAUUAGAGAAAUCCACAACGAAUCGUUUAUGGAUAAACCUUAUUUAGAAGGUUUAGAUUUAUCCUCAAACGCUUUUUAUCACAUUCCUAUCUCGAUUUUUCAUCUUUCACAAUUAAAGUGGUUACAUUUAUCAAACAUAGCAAAUCCUGGAAUGGUGGAACAAAUCGAGAAAGCCGUCCCGAUUACGAGUCCGUUAACUUACUUGGAUUUAACCAACAAUAAAUUAACUCGAUUACCCGAUUUGGGCGAAUUACCGACUUUAUUACAUUUGAACGUGUCUGAGAACAAAAAUUCUGUUUUAGUGAAUAUUUCAACGUUUGCUGGAUUAUGUUCAUUGAAAGUAUUCGCUAAUGAGAAUUUUAAGGGUAGUUUUAAUGAUCCUUGUGAUUGUUUGUACUUAAAUCGGUGGUUGAUACAAAGGGGGGUAGUUUUUAGUAAUUUUUCUUGUGAAAAUAAUUUUCGUGGUGAUUGUAACGGAUCAAUACCGCAGGAGUACAUUAAUAAAUAUGAGACUUGUAAAAAAACUUUCGAAGAACAACAACAAACGUUGUUUAGGCACCAAGUACUUAAAAAUACGGGAAUUGGGAUUAUUGUGGUUAUGAUUUUGAUUACUGCAUUAUCAACGAUUUUAUAUCGAUCAAAAAGGAACAAAAAACGUAAAAUGGAGGAGCAUGAAGAACAAGCUAAACGAAGAAAAUUUAAUGAUAGGAAUUAUGAUUAAUUUUUUUGUUUUUGAAUAUUAUUAUUUAAAGUUAGGUUGUAAAUAUUUGUACAUAUUUGUAUUAAGGUUCAUAUCACUAAAUAAUAAAAUAUCUUAUAAAUAA